GUUAAAAUUCUAAAAGGAUCAAAAAUAAAUCAAAGUUCGAACUAACGAUUUAUUCUUCAUAUUUCGCGGAUAGCUUGGGCCGAUCGUAACUAAAUCGUUUCAGUUCAGUCGUGCACACAACUACCGCGAUAUAAGAGAAACGUGACGCCCGGCGAUCAACGGGCGGCAACAUUUAAUUUGGUUUUCCAAGGUCUUGUGUUUUGUUUGUGUUUUGUUUCAAAAAUAAUAACCUUUAACGGAAAGUCCUUUUGCACUCGAUAAAUCAUAAAGUUUGCAAAUUUUACUUGAAUUGUGUGCGUUUCGUUCGUGAUUGUACAACUCAGCCUUAACGUGGAUGUCAAUAUGAAUAAGUUUGUUGCGCACAACAUAGCACGGGAAUCGUAUCGGGCCUACAACAGUGAGAUAUACGCCUCCCGGAACAGCUCCGUGGGUCAACAUGGCGAAAUGGCGGAAGGAAAUGGCGAACUUUUAGAUGACAUUAACCAGAAAGCCGAUGACCGUGGCGAUGGCGAACGUACAGAGGAUUAUCCCAAGCUGCUGGAGUACGGUCUGGACAAGAAGGUCGCCGGCAAACUGGAUGAAAUCUACAAAACUGGUAAACUUGCCCACGCCGAGCUGGAUGAGCGCGCGCUGGACGCGCUCAAGGAGUUUCCCGUUGAUGGUGCCUUGAAUGUGCUUAGUCAGUUCCUCGAGUCAAAUUUGGAGCAUGUGUCAAAUAAGUCUGCCUACUUGUGUGGGGUCAUGAAAACCUAUCGUCAAAAGAGUCGCGCCAGUCAGCAAGGUGUGCCCGCAACCGCCAGCUCCAUACAGGUAAAGGGGCCGGAUGAAGAGAAGAUCAAAAAGAUUCUAGAGCGUACUGGCUACACAUUGGAUGUGACCACAGGACAACGCAAAUACGGCGGGCCGCCACCCAACUGGGAGGGCAACGUGCCCGGUAAUGGCUGCGAAGUUUUCUGUGGCAAAAUACCCAAGGAUAUGUUUGAGGACGAGCUAAUACCGCUUUUCGAGAAUUGCGGCACCAUUUGGGACCUUAGACUCAUGAUGGACCCCAUGACUGGUACAAAUCGUGGCUACGCAUUUGUCACAUUCACAAAUCGCGAGGCAGCCGUCAAUGCUGUGCGACAGCUCGAUAAUCACGAAAUAAAACCCGGCAAGUGUCUGAAAAUAAAUAUAAGCGUACCGAAUCUGCGCCUUUUCGUAGGCAAUAUACCCAAGUCAAAAGGCAAAGAUGAAAUUUUAGAGGAAUUUGGUAAACUUACAGCUGGCCUCUACGAGGUAAUCAUCUACAGCUCGCCAGAUGACAAGAAAAAGAACCGCGGUUUCUGUUUUCUCGAAUACGAUUCACACAAGGCGGCUUCAUUGGCCAAACGAAGACUUGGCACUGGUAGAAUUAAGGUUUGGGGAUGUGAUAUUAUAGUCGAUUGGGCUGAUCCACAGGAGGAGCCGGAUGAACAAACAAUGUCCAAGGUUAAAGUGCUCUACGUGCGAAAUCUGACGCAAGACGUUACAGAGGAUAAACUGAAGGAACAAUUCGAGCAAUAUGGCAAAGUGGAACGCGUUAAGAAGAUUAAAGACUAUGCCUUUAUACAUUUUGAGGAUCGUGAUAGCGCCGUCGAAGCUAUGCGUGGCCUUAAUGGCAAGGAGGUCGGCGCCUCGAAUAUUGAGGUCUCACUCGCCAAACCACCAUCGGACAAAAAGAAAAAGGAGGAAAUUCUGCGCGCACGCGAACGACGCAUGAUGCAAAUGAUGCAAGCGCGUCCAGGAAUCGUUGGAUUUGAAACAUUGUCUCCAUACAGAAACCUGUCGCCGACACAUCCCAGCAUGAUGUCCAUAACGCCCAUGCGCCUACCAGGGGCGCGUAUGCCGCCGCUGCGCACACCGAUGCCCCGUGAAUACGACUACGAUUAUGAUUAUUUUGGCUAUUCGGAAUUUCGCCCCGGUUUUGGUGCUGAUUCAUACUAUGAUGAUGUCUAUCGCGCCUAUGAGGGCGAAUACAGCUAUUAUGAUUAUCCGAAUAGCGCCAGCGGCAAUGGAGCUGCCGGCGGCGUCGGCAGCGCUGCUGUUGCCAUGUCCAACAAUUCGGGGGGCGGCGCCGUCUCCCUAAACGCCUCGCAGCGUCCAAGAUCCCAGCAAGGUGGCUCGGCCAAUUCGCCGGUGAUUAUGGGGGCUGGCCGUGGGCAUGGAAUCACAGUCCCGCGUGGCCGAGCCGUUGGCCAACGUGGCAGCAUCAGUCGUCUGGGGGCCCAACAAGCGCCACAGGCGGCGCCAGCGGUGGCGGCGGUGGGACAGGCGGCGGCGGCUCAUCGGGGGGCGGCCACCGUUCAGGGGGCGCCGGCAGCAACCGGGGGGGUCCGUGGGGUGGCACCAAUGCGUCCCAGCGCUCCUGGCACCCAGCACGUCAAGCCGCUACAAAAUUUACCAGUAGUCGGUAAACGUAAGUUCGAUGGAGGUCACCAAAAUCCGGCAGAUGUUAAGCGACGUUACCAGAGCGGUUUAAUAGGAAAUGGCGGCAGUUGGGGCAGUUUACCGCUACCACAGCAACCCUUAGGCACAAAUGGUGAACAGUGGUAUAUGGAUACGUUUUCGGCAUGGAGUUAAAAAAUAAACCACAAAUAACAGCAGCUACAGUUAAUAUAUGCAAAACCACACGCGGAAUUAAGAAGGCACACCAACAAUAACAACAGCUACAGCAAAACACUCGGCACAUAAAUACACAUGCAUAUGUAUACAUAUAUAUAUAUAUAUAUAUGUGUGUGUAUAUGUAUCUUUUUAUCUUUUCCAACUCUACAACGAGCGUAGCUAAAACUUAAAAAAGCAAUAAAUCCUAUAUAACAAAAAUGAAUUAAGAAAAUUAUAAUUAAUUGGGCUUAAUAUUAUAACCCUUUAAGAAAACGUUUUUUUUCCGUUGUGUUUAGAUAUUGCUUUGCACAUCUCACUCUCUCUCUCUCUCUCUAUAAACCCGAAGGAAAUAAUUAAUAUAAACAUAGCAUAUAUAUCUAUAGACUUGCCGCAGCAUUUUAGCAAACAUAUUUCGUUCAACUUGAUAAUGAUAUAAAUAAUAAUUAGAGCAUUAUGCUAAACAUAUUUUAAAGGCAAAAGAAUGAAGAAAUCAUGUAAAAUCCACUUUUUAAAAUUCGAGAACUGCAUACGUUUUUAACUUGAAAUCGAAACAAUAAUUGAGCAUAUAAAAACAAAAUGAGCAAAAAAUAACUACGCUAUAAUCUAUUUAUAUCGGUAUAUAGUGCAGUUAGGCUCGUAUUGAUUUUUAAAACAUAAGAAACUUUUUUAUACAUAACGCGAAAACCAAAUUGAAAAACAAACUAAUAUUAUAUAUUAACAUUUUACUACUAUUUGUAUACAAAACGAAUCAAACGGCAAAUUAAAUAGGAACCUAAUUGUAUGACAAAUUGCACGUUAAUAAGAACAACAACAACAACAACAAUGAGUAAACACAUAAAAGAAAUUUCCUUCAAAUGUAAAUAAAAAUGAAAAAAAGAAAAAGAAAUUUAAAAAUUACAUAAAAUUAAAGCUCUAAAAAUUGAUAAAAAUUAAUCAAAUUGAUAAAGUAAUUCAGAAGCAAAGCUUAAUGAAGAAACAUUGACUGAAAUUAUAAAAAACAAACAAAUGCAAAAACAAAAUAUGAUAAAUAAAAUAUUAAAUAGUUUGGCGUUGAGAGUUAAGAAAACUAAAAAUUAGAGCGCAGCAGCAAGUGGCAUUAUUAUAUAAUGUCUGGCGCUGCACGUUGGCAAGACUUUCUGAUUAAAUUGAACUAUUUUAGGUAACUUGAAAUCAAUUAAAACCAGCAACAAAUAAAUUAUGUAGAGCUAAGAAAUUUGCACAAAACAAAAAAACGAAAAGAAAAAUAAUUAAAAAAUAUACACGCAAAAGAUACAAGAUACAGCUAAAGCUACAGCUACAGAUACAAAACGCAGCAGUCACAAGAACUGAAUAGCUGCUAUCGAGAAGCAACGAAUUAGUAGGACACACACAACACACACACACACACACACAUACACACAUACACAGACAUCACAGUUUAACAAACAAUUAAUACAAUUAAUUAGGAACUAUAAAUUUUACAAGCGAUAAUAUUAUAGGGAAUUUAAUAACGGUAAAUAAGCAAGUAAACAUUAAUAUAUACGAAAACAAAUAAAAUCAAAGAAAUUAAAUUACGAAAUCAAUUAGCCAACGCGUCUAGCAGCAGCCCUCAAAGAUUUAACUUACAUUAAAAAAAAAAAAAAACAUUUAACAUCUAAAAGUAAAACGAAACUUCCAAGUUAUAUACACAACUUUUCCUAAAUAUUAUUUUUGGUUUUUGUCCUUAAAAGUUGACAUUCUUAGAGUGCUGUCACAGAUUCAUAGCAAAAUCGAAACGUAUAAACACACAUAUAUUUAGCAAACUCUAUAAUAAUAUAUAACUAAGCAUUAUUUAACUGUAACUCCAUGCCUCCUAGACGACAAACAUCAAUACGAAAUGAAAUAUGAGAACAAAAGAUACUUUUCGUUAAAACAUUUGUUAAAAAAAUUAUGUAAAAUUUUAUUUUUCCUUUCGGUCUAUUCCAAUCGAUAUUUUUUUUUUGCUAGAUCUCAAGUAAAACAAAAAGUUAAGUAAAUAAUAACAAAAAUGUAUAAACAAUUAAAUUAGUUAUAAUCAAAUAACAAGCAAAACUUCCAAUUUUAAACUCAAGAACUCAAGAUGAAGAAGAUUGAAGAUGAUGUUUGAAAAUGUAGGCGUGAGUUUUUUAAAGCGUAUCUAUAAACAUUGUUCAGCAAGCGCCUAAACGGAAUAUAUGAUAUUUUAAAAUUUAAUCACAACACACACACACACAGCUCCAGAUACAGAUACAGAUAGACACAGACACCAAGCAGUUGCCUAAAGUUAAAUAUAUACGAAGAGCAAAAAAUACUUUUAAACUUGCGCAAAACAAAACAAAUUGAGAAAAAAAAAACAAACAAACAAAACAAAUUUGCAACACCAGCAAAGAACUUUAAAACAUAAUAAUAAUAAUAAUACAUUAUCAAACAACAAUAAGAACAUUUACUACAAAUUCUAAAUGACCAUAGUUAAGCUUAACUUUAGUAACACACUCACACUCUCACACACUCAACACACAGAUAAACGUAUACCCUAAUAUUUAAAAGUACACCCCUGCAACAGAGUAAACUGCAGCCGCAGCAGCCGCAGCAAAGUGUGCGCCAUUUUCUAACUAAAUAAAUCUAAACAUUGAGAAAUAUUAUAAAAAAAAAAAAACGAAAAAAAAAAACAAUCACAAAUAUUUAACCAAUUUGUUGUACUAAGUUUCGUCGUGCACAUUUUUUUUUUCCUUAUUUUGUGUCUAAUUUACAUCAAAGAAUAUUAUUUUUAUCCAUUUCUAUUUUUUUUGUUUAACACACACAAACAAAGCCGCGCAUUUUUUCUUUUGCAUGUUAAACAAUUUUGUUUAUGCCUUUAAAAAAAGAAAGAUAACGAAAUUUUGGAAAUUUUUGGUGACUUUGAAACUUGAACCCAUUUUCAAUUGCAAAUAUACAUAUGUAUACAUAUAACUAAUGAUAAAGUUUUGUUUAAUUUGAUGCUGUACUGAUUUUAUAUUGUUUUAAAUUUGUAAUUUUAAUUAUAAGUCUUAAUUGUUAAUGUGUUUUAAUUGUAAACUACAAAACAAAUUGGCAAAACCUGUUACACAAUCCGUUAAAGUUUUCACUUUGGUUACCAACGAAAAACAACAAAAAUUAAAAAAAAAAAAAAAAAUUAAAUACAAUACAAGACUCAUUUGAAUUAU